CAGGCGUGAAAUAGUUAACCUUUGCACAGAAAAGGAGGCAGGGUAGCAUAUGAUGCAUUCUGAACCAUCAAGCUCUUUUACCUCUAGCUAGCUGGUUACACGUCCUGCAUACUCGGAUUUUAGUAACCCAAACUAUCACAGCUAGUUAACUGUUUUUUUUGAAGCGACAUCCACCAACACGACGUCGUCGUAAAACUCGCGGAAUACGGCAGAAAACAUGGACCACGUCGGAUUGAUCGGCUAGAGUUGCUGGUUGGAUAAUAAGGAAACGGGAAAAAUAUGAACCGGUAAGAGGGUGUUAUAAACAGCAGGAUAUGUGUGAAGAGGUAGAUUAGGUUAGUUUGUAAGUCGCGUCUUGUUCGCGGUUUGCGAUGCUUUUCUUGUCGGUUUGUAAAAAUAACUUCGCGGUGUGUGCGCGAGGGCACCUAGUUAAUGUAACGCGCUGUGCGAUGAGAAGUGUGUUUCGGUCAACUGCGUCAUGGCGGCAGCAGACAGGUGUGUGUGUGAGGGCAGAGCUGAAGUGGCUGCAAAGACUCAAAAACAGAAUAUUCUCUGUCGCCCAGUGGUCCAGCUACACACAAUCUGACACACACACCCCACAGGACACGAAUAUCCCAAUCCUAUCGACCCCAGAGGUUACCGGCCACGCGCUGAAGGGUCCCACCGAAAGCGUCACCCGAUACUGUCGCCGGAGAGUUCACGAGAGGAUGCAGGGUAACGAAACCAGCAUUAGUUUUUAUCCGAAGCACCCCUCCUUCUCGCCCUCUCAUGUCCUCCUGGGGCUGAGGUUGUGCCCGGUGAGGUUUGGUGCACCUCUAGGCUGGAGAGGUCAAUGUAGUGGAAAACCCCGGGACAGCACACCUGGAGCCGACAGCACACCUGGAGAGGAUCUGAAGGAAACCACCCAGCCAGCUGACAGACCACCCGAUCCUGGCCAAGGGCUGUUCAAGUUUAAAGAAUUGUAUGAGAAUCCGUGGACCAUCCCCAACCUGCUGUGUGUGUGUCGCAUCGCACUGGCUCCAGUCCUGGGAGUUCUGAUCACUGAGCAACAUUUUCACCUCUCUCUGGGACUGUUCGCUUUGGCUGGAUUUACUGACGUGCUGGAUGGUUAUAUAGCCCGCAACUGGGCCAGUCAGAAGUCUGCGUUGGGCAGUGCUCUCGACCCAUUGGCUGAUAAGAUCCUCAUCAGCGUUCUCUACAUCAGUCUCACCUACGCUCAGCUCAUCCCAGCUCCCCUAACAGCGUUGGUGAUUGCCAGAGACGUUGGUCUGAUUGCUGCAGUUUUCUACGUCAGAUACAAGACUGUCCCACCUCCUGUGACUAUCAGUAAGUUUUUUAACCCCUGCUACACCACAGCGCAGCUCAAACCCACCACCCUCAGCAAGGUGAACACAGCGAUUCAGCUCUUCCUGGUAGCAGCAUCGUUGGCCUCACCCGUCUUUCACUUCACAGACAGUCCGCUCCUGCAGACCCUAUGGUAUAUCACAGCAAUAACGACGACUGUGUCAGGCUACAGCUACUAUCACUACGGCAUGAAGACUCUCGCAGUACUCAACAGCACCAAGUAACCAUGGCAACUGAACUCCGCAACACCAAGUAACCGUUGCAACAUAAAACACUUGAUGCACCCACCGGUCCGCCUGAGGACUCAAGUUGAACACACCCAUUCUUGUGUAAAAACUCAAAAAUGAA